UUAUAAAAAUGUGUUGAAGAGAUAUAAAAAAUCCACCCAUGUGCCAUUUCUUCCUAGUUAACACACUUUUGAGAACUCAGCAUCAAACUGUUCGCUCUGUGCAAUGACCUUAACCACCAUGUUCACUGUAGUGUCAGAGACAGACCACAACCAUCCCAAAUUAAAAAUUAAGACAUGUUCUUGAAAUGAUGAGGAUCGCAACUUUUUUGUAAGUGUAAAAUGGUGCUUCUCCAUAUGUGGAUAAGCAUAUUCGUUUGCAUAUUGAUAAUAAUUGCAAGACUUUAACAUUGUUUAAAGGCUGGGGGUGAGGUAGGAGAAAUGUGUUAUUCAUCCUAUACUUGAAGAAUGGUUACAUACUUUUUCUAGCUCUAAAUACUGCCUAACUAAAACUAGCAGAAUCUGUUUGGCUAGACACCACAGCCAUAUUAAGGUUUCAGAGAAUGCAAAGGCUGAGGAUGAUUGACCACUGUGGCCUUCCAGGUCUUGUUGGGGUCCUCUUUCCAUCAGCCCCAGCCAGCAUGGCCAAUGGUCAGGAAGUAUGGGAGUUAUAGUCCAUGAAUUAUGGGAGUUGUAAUACAACUAACCUGUGAAAGACCACAGGUUAGCUUUCCACUGGCAAAGGAGAAUAAAGUGUUUCAGGGUAGUGAAUGCCAGCCUUUCCCCCAAUGUCAACAACCCCACUAGCUCCUCUCCUGAACUUUGAAUGUUGGACAGGAAAGUCUGAAGGGGGAUUUUGAAUGUGUUUGGCUGGAUAUACUUAGAAUCUUCCUCACAAUUGGGAACCCUGAUACACAUGGUUUCCAAGCACGGAGAGGCUGAACCCAUGAAGUAUCCUAUCAUAAUACUAGUUUUGAUGUGCAAAAGUUGGGGUGGAGCCAGCAGGGAUGGGAAUUUGGGCUGCAGGGCUGCUGCACGCCCACUUUAUCCUUCCUUGCGUUCUUUGAAUAUCCAAAUAUUAUUUAUUUACUGUAUUUGAUAUUUGCAUCUGUUAGUCUCACUUCAUAACAGAAGUCCUCUGGGGCUCACGAGUGCUUCGGUGCUAUCACCAAGUCUCUGAAGAAAAGAUAAGCCUGUGAGCAAAGAAAAACUUACCCAAAUUAAGUAAUUUUGAUCAUUUCCCCCUUGCAAGAAAUUUUAAAAGCAGGGCCAAAGUCUAGCCUGCAGUUAUUGCUCCUGUCAACUUCCUACAAUAUAUCCCUGUUGGAAGGGAUGCAGAAACUGAGUAUACUAGUCAAACAGCACCAAAAGAGAUCUCUCUGUGUGUUUUCUUACAUUUGGUAACAUUUGCAUUUUUGCAUUUGAACAUCUCCCUCUAGUGGGCAAAAGCCACUUUAGUGGUGGUGUGAGGUGAAUUUUGACCCCUUGGAAACACUGUAGUUCAGUAGGAAGGAGGGUAUGGAGGCAAAUGGAAGACUAGAUGAGCAGGGGUAGGGUGAAUGGAAGAAUGGAAACAUGAAAAAUGCUAUGAUGUAUAGAGAUGACCAGAUAGUACUACUCCUAAUUGUCUGAUCAAAUGUUACAGCAGCAAGUAAGAAGACAGAGAAUGGAUGCAUUCCAAGAUGUCUUCCAAAAGGUAGAAAAGAUUGGAGAGGGCACCUAUGGGGUAGUAUAUAAAGCCAAAAACAAACAGACAGGCCAGCUAGUUGCUUUGAAGAAGAUCCGCCUAGAUUCGGAGACGGAAGGAGUUCCCAGUACAGCAAUUCGAGAAAUCUCCCUGCUGAAAGAAUUGAAACAUCCAAACAUAGUGAGGCUUCUCGAUGUGGUUCACAGUCAGAAGAAACUCUAUCUAGUCUUUGAAUAUCUGAAUCAGGACCUUAAGAAGUACAUGGACUCGUCCCAUACAGGGGAGCUGCCUUUAAGUUUGGUCAAGAGCUACCUUUAUCAACUGCUACAAGGUGUAAGCUUCUGUCACUCCCACAGAGUCAUCCACAGAGAUCUGAAGCCCCAGAACUUACUUAUAAACGAAAUGGGAGCCAUCAAACUAGCUGAUUUUGGCCUAGCAAGAGCCUUUGGUGUUCCACUGCGUACUUACACUCAUGAGGUUGUAACCUUAUGGUAUCGGGCUCCUGAAAUUUUACUAGGUUGUAAAUUCUACUCAACAGCUGUGGAUAUCUGGAGCAUUGGCUGCAUAUUUGCAGAAAUGGUAACCAGAAAAGCCUUAUUUCCUGGGGACUCCGAAAUCGAUCAGCUUUUCCGUAUUUUCCGCACUCUUGGUACACCUACUGAAUCAUCGUGGCCGGGAGUGACUCAACUUCCGGACUACAAAGGGAAUUUCCCAAAAUGGCCAAGAAAAGACAUGAAGGUGUUAAUUCCAAACUUGGACCGAGACGGACGAGACUUGCUGAUGCAACUAUUACUGUAUGAUCCCAACAGACGCAUCUCAGCCAAAGCUGCUUUGACCCACCAAUAUUUCUGGCAGACUCCAUCACGAGAUGCCAGAGAGCAACGUGUAGUAGAGAGGUAUGGCCCAUGAGAAGGAGGCAAAUCUGCAGUGUGCUUCCCUGACAAUAGUUCCCUGGAUUAACCCUUCCUAAUAACUGAGCCUCUUAUGCUUGGAAUUGGAAUGGCUAUAGAGGAUGAAACUUGUUCAUUCUGGUUUAGAAGUUCUCAGCCUUUUAGUGGGGUUAAUGCUAUAUUCAUAUAGAUUUUGACUGUUCUAAAUAGAAGGCAGCCUCUUGUGUUCUUUGAAAACAAACUUGGCACUCUAAGCAUUUGAUGGGGCAAAAUAUGAUUUGAAAUUUUAGGAUUGCUAUGUAUUUGAAUUCAAUCCUAAUCCAGCAACCACAUAUUAUUCUAUCUUUGCUGUAGUUCAGUAUUGCAUUGCAGAGAAAUUGGUUAUAGUAACUUAGGCACUGCCAGCACAGCCUGCAGACGAUGCAGUGGACAGGGGAUAUCAUGUCAUUUGAUUCUCCCUGUAAUUAAUAUGGGAGCUUUUUGCUGGCAUUCACACUAUCCAUGCUCAAGAGGAAAUUGUGGGAGAACCAGACAUCAUGAGACCACCCAGAAAUACAACAGAUUUUAGUUUCUUUUUGUAUCCUUUAUCAGCAUACUUGUUUACCUUUUCCCUCAAGAAAGGACAAAAACUUGGUCCAAACACAGUUCACAUUGAAGAAUGGGCUUCUUAAUCUUGGAGCAGCUGUCGGGCCCUUCAAGUUUUCAUUUCUAAUUUAAUUAGAAUGUGAAAGUCUUUGAUCAUCAAUGUGCCAAGAGAGUCACUGAAUAAGCUAGAUAGAGCAGGAUGCUAAAGAAUUUGAUAGACUCCAGUUACUGAUCUUGGCCGAAUACAUGGGGGUUGGAUCCUGCAAGCAGGGUUCUGCUCAUGGAUUGCUCCUGCUGAUAGAAGGGCAGGGGGAGAUAAUGUCCACUGAUUUCCUCUUUUGCCUGCAAUCUCCUGUGUGCUUCCUGAAAAUCUGCUCUGGAGGGAAACCAGUGAACUUGUCCCCUACUUCUGCCUGCUCUGAAACAAAGCCACUGCCUAGUUAUGGGGUUAUUUUUUAAAAAACCUUGUUAUUGAUGUUUUAAGUCAUUUUUAUCAUUAACUGUUAAUAUUAUUGAAGAAGUUUCUGUAUGCACUAAAUAAAAAAAAAUGCUUUGAUAAAUCUUUUAAUGUAA